UUCAAUUCAGUUUUGCAUCUCUCUAACUCCAAAUUCCUGAGCUUCGAUCAAUUUCAGUGGUCAACUAUGUCUUCUCAAGAACGUGAUGUCGUUCACUUCUUCAAGGUUAUUCUUGAAAAGAACCUUCUUGGUGAUGGAUUUCUGAGAUUGCCAAAGAGUUUUGUGCAUAACUACUGGAAACGAAUUACGUCACGUUCUGUUUUUCUAAGUCUUCCAAACGGAGCUGAAUUUGAAGUUCAUUGGUCAAGGGAUGAACGUGGCGACGUUUUGUUUGGCCACGGUUGGAAAGAAUUUGCAGAAUACGUGUCUCUCCAAGCGACACAGUUUCUCUUGUUCCGUUAUGAAAAAAAAAAUGAUAAUGUUAAUGUUAAUGUUGUUGAAAAAGGGCAAAAGGGUGAAAAGAGUGAUGCUUGUCCUUUUGAGUUUGUUAAUGGAAAAAGACGAAAAUCUCUCUUGACACCGUUACAAUCACCACCUCCACCACCACCACUAGUAAUUUCCGAUGAUGAAACCAAUAGUUUCAAAAGGAAGAAAAUUAUAAAAGAAGAGCCUGAAGAUUACUCUAUUAUUGAUGGUGAAAUCAAUAACACUAAAAGAAAAAGGAGAGCUUCUAGGAGUUUUGAUUAUAUUGCGAAGGAAAAGGAUUAUGAUAACUCAGAAGUGUUGGACAAUAAAACCAUGAAAAAGUUUCAAGAGAAAGUGAAGAGUAGGUUCCAAACUGGGAAUCCCUUUUUUGUAUGUGCACUUGGGAAAACCUAUUCUGACAGAGACCUCUUGGUUAUACCAAGCUAUUUUGCUAAACCAAUUCUUGGGAAAAGAGAAGGAAAUGCAAAGCUCUUUCUUGUUGAUGAUCCGAAGAAAUGUUGGGAUGUGCAGAUGAGAAUUUCUGCUUGCAGACAAUUUAUAAUUACAAAUGGUUGGAAGAAAUUCUCAACAUUCUAUAGUUUGAAACUUGGUGACGCUUGUGUCUUUGAGUUGGUCGAUCCAAUCGAUAUUUUAUUCAAAGUUCAUAUUCGUAGUUAUGGAGAAGACCCUUUGACUCCUAGCUCUUCUGGUGAUACCAACUGAAUACAUAAAGAAUUACAGUGUAAAUUGGAACAAUUUUGCAACCUUGCAAGUUGAUGAGAAGAGAGAAUGGAAGGUGAAAUUACUUUAUUAUCCAAAUAAUGGGUAUGCAAGAUUUUCUCAAGGUUGGACCAAAUUUACUAAGGAGUGUAAAUUGGAGU